AUGGCGUGGCCGUGCAUUACGCGGGCCUGCUGCAUCGCCCGCUUCUGGAACCAGCUGGACAAGGCGGACAUAGCAGUGCCGCUGGUGUUCACCAAGUACUCGGAGGCCACCGAGCACCCGGGCGCCCCACCGCUGCCCCCGCCGCCAUCCCAGCAGCAGGCGCAGCCGGCGCGCGCGGUCGCCAUAGAGACGCAGCCAGCCCAGGGCGAGUUGGAUGCAGUUGCCCGGGCAACGGGGCCGGCGCCCGGGCCCAGCGGCGAGCGGGAGGCUGCCCCCGGCCGGAGCGCUCAGGGCCUGGGCGCGGGCUCCGGCUCCACCUCCGGGUCCGGCACGGCGGACUCGGUGAUGCGGCAGGACUACCGCGCCUGGAAGGUGCAGCGGCCCGAGCCCAGCUGCAGGCCGCGCAGCGAGUAUCAGCCGUCGGACGCGCCCUUCGAACGUGAGACCCAGUACCAGAAGGACUUCCGCGCCUGGCCGUUGCCGCGCCGCGGGGACCACCCGUGGAUCCCCAAGCCAGUACAGAUCCCUGCCCCCUCUCAGGCUUCCGCGCCUAUUUUCGGGGCGCCUAAGCGCCGGCCCCAGAGCCAGGAGCGCUGGCCGGUGCAAGUCUCUGUUGGGGCCUCAGAGCAGGAGGCGCCCGGAGAAGCCGGGGUCCAGGCUGCAGGAAAGGCGUCGGGCACAGACGAGCGCGACACCCGUAGAAAGGCUGGGCCUGCCUGGAUGGUGCGUCGCUCCGAGGGACACGAGCAGACGCCACUGCCUGCUCCCCAAUCCCAGGAGGGAGCUGGUGGCCCUGCGGCUGGAAAGGCGUCGGGUGCAGACGAGCGCGACACCCGUAGAAAGGCUGGACCCGCCUGGAUGGUGAGUCGCUCCGAGGGUCACGAGCAGACGCCACUGCCCCCGCCCCAAACCCAGGAGGGAGCUGGCGGUCCGGCGGCUGGAAAGGCGUCAGGCGCAGAUGAACGCGACACCCGUAGAAAGGCUGGGCCUGCCUGGAUGGUGCGUCGCUCCGAGGGUCACGAGCAGACGCCACUGCCCGGUACCCAGGCCCAGGUCAUGGAGAGUGGCAAGGGGCGUGCAGCAGCGGACGCCCUCAACCGGCAAAUCCGCGAGGAGGUGACGAGCGCAGUGAGCAGCUCCUACAGGAAUGAAUUCAGAGCAUGGACAGACAUCAAGCCUGUGAAACCAAUAAAAGCCAAGCCCCAGUACAAGCCUCCAGAUGACAAGAUGGUUCAUGAGACCAGCUACAGCGCCCAGUUCAAAGGGGAGGCAAAUAAGCCAACCGCUGCUGACAAUAAGGUCACGGAUCGCAGGAGAAUACGCAGCCUCUAUAGUGAACCUUUCAAGGAACCCCCAAAGGUGGAGAAACCCACUGUUCAGAGUUCCAAACCAAAAAAGACCUCAGCGAGCCAUAAGCCCCCGAGGAAGGCCAAAGACAAGCGGGUGGUGUCGGGCCAGGCUGCCAAGAAAAAGAGCUCGGAGAGCCCCAGUGCCACCAAGCCUGACGACAAGGAGCAGAGUAAAGAGAUGAACAAUAAACUGGCUGAGGCUAAAGAGUAA